AUGUCUCUUACUGGUAAAGUUGCUCUCGUCACCGGCGGUGUUAAGAACCUUGGAGCUCAUAGUGCCCUCGAGCUGGCUGGAGUGGGCGCCAAUCUUGCUCUACACUAUCAUUCGUCCAGCGACAAGGAUACAGCCGCGCUAGAAGCCAAGCUUAAGGAAAAGAAUCCUUCAAUCAAGCUAUUCAAAGAUGUUGUUCGUGACUUCGGCCACGUUGAUAUUGUGGUCAACACGGUUGGCAAAGUGCUGAAGAAGCCUAUCACAGACAUCAGCGAGGAAGAAUAUGACUCGAUGUUCGCUGUGAACUCCAAAACUGCAUUCUUCAUUUUGAAGGAAGCUGCUACUCAUGUGACUGAUGGCGGAAAGAUCAUCAGCAUUGUCACUGCGCUCCUGGGCGCGUUUACUGGCUACUAUACUUCUUACGCUGGUAGCAAAGCUCCCGUGGAGCACUUUACUCGGGGUGUUUGCAAGGAGCUCCAGUCUCGCAGGAUCAGUGUGAACAAUGUCGCCCCGGGGCCAAUGGAUACACCUUUCUUCUAUCCCCAGGAGUCUCCAGAAGCCGUGGAAUUCCACAAGGCAAAUGGCAUGGGGAACCGUCUUACUAUGGUUGAGGACAUUGCUCCUAUCAUUCGCUUCCUUUGCACUGAUGGUGCUUGGAUCACCGGCCAGACGAUUUUCGCCAACGGUGGAUACACUACUCGUUGA